CGUCGCCUCCGUCGACUUCCACAGGCCUCCCUUCAGAACUCGUCCCAUCGCCUCGACUCCCGUCCCAAGCCUCCUCCCCCGUGUCCCUUCCCCACAAGCCUUGACACAGCCGUCUUGGACGCUGAAAACACUGAAUUUGCCACCAUGCCAGAAGUCGACACCAACCGCAAGCGCUCCCGCUCCCCCUCUGACAGCCUCAACGAACAGCAGAAGCAGUACAAGCGUGCCAACACAGGCGCUACGCCGUCUUCGGAUGACUCACAAGCCCAAGCUCAACGAGGCACCCCGGCCACAACGUCUGUUGCUGGUGACGUAAAUAUGACCGACGCUCAAGUGUCCGUCGACGACACUGCUGCGUCGACUCCUUCACCGACCGACAGGCCUUCGACCGUGGAGAUGAAGGAGCGCUCGGACGAUGUCCAGGAAAACGGCUCCGCGACUACCUCUGCGGCUCCCAGCACCUCGUCCACGACCUCUGCAGCUGCCCCGGCCAACAUCCAUAUGCGGUGCUUGAUCGUCACCCAGGAUGCCUCGAUCAUCAUUGGGAAGGGCGGUUCGCAUGUCAACGAGAUCAGAGGGAAAAGCGGUGCUCGAGUUAUGGUCUCGGAGAGUAUACCAGGGAACCCAGAGCGCAUUCUGAACGUCAGCGGCCCUCUCGACGCGGUAUCGAAGGCCUUCGGUCUCAUCGUGCGGAGAAUCAAUGAUGAGCCGUUUGACAAGCCGUCCAUUCCUGGAAGCCGCGCUGUCACCAUCAAGUUCAUGAUCCCCAACUCUCGCAUGGGUUCAGUCAUCGGCAAGGGUGGGACGAAGAUCAAGGAGAUCCAGGAUGCUAGUGGAGCCAGACUGAAUGCCAGCGAGGGCAUGCUGCCUGGCUCGACAGAGCGUGUGCUCAGUGUCUCCGGCGUCGCCGACGCCAUCCAUAUCGCGACGUACUAUAUCGGCAACAUCCUGAUCGAAGCAAACGAACGCAUGCCAUCCUACAACAACUCGUCCUACCGCCCCUCUAGCUACGCCCGCCGUCCGCCAUACCAGGGCUCCUCGUACGUACCGGGCUAUUCCAACCCUUACGGCAGCGGCUCGCAUGCCGCGCCGCAGCAACUGCAGACGCAGCAGAUCUAUAUCCCGAACGACCUGGUUGGAUGCAUCAUUGGCAAGGGCGGUGCCAAAAUUAAUGAGAUCCGGCAUAUGAGCGCUAGUCAGAUCAAGAUCAUGGAGCCGGGUGCUGUGGGCGUGGGCAUGAACGGCGCCCCCGCAGGCGGGGAAGGGGAGAGAUUGGUGGUCAUUACUGGCCAGCCUGCGAACAUUCAGAUGGCUGUGCAAUUGCUCUAUCAUGUACGAUCAUUCCUUCCGCGGUCAGCUGUGCCCAUGUUGACGAACCUUCUUAGCGUCUGGAGCAGGAAAAGCAGAAGCAACUGCGACAGCAGUCUCAAAGCUCGAACUCGUAAACGGCUCCGUGUAGUACUUUUGAUGGUACUUCCUGGUGCUUGUAAGUUGCCUUGUUCUUGGUAUUUAUUAUUUGCAGGGCUCGUGUACGAGCGCAGCGACGAGUGCUGUGCCUCCGCUGUUCUAUCCUCAUUUUUAGCGUUUCUCGCGUUUCUGUCGAUGAACUUUUCGAAUUUCGCCCACUUCACGAGUGCAUAUAACCAGGUAGCAUCAGCGCCCGUCAUGGCCAAAUCGAAUACGUACAUACAUGUGCCCUGUGUUCAGCGUAGGUAAACAUGUGAGAAAGCUCCUGUAGUAGCUGGUAUAGCGGUAUCCGUAUCGUGCAGUGCGAAGAUU